ACCAGCUAUAUCGAACAGUUUUGUGAGUCGUCGCGGUACAACCCAUAGCACAUGCUAAUGUUUGGCUCUAAGGGUACGAUUCGUACUUGAAUUUCGAUAAUUCGGUCGUUCUUAACUUGAAUCCGUUCUUCCUGCUGGAAGAUGACCCAACGCCGGCUAGGAACAACCAGCUCACCCGCGCCGCCUCACUGGCAUCGUCAGCCUUGUCAUUUGUUCGUGCGGUCCGCCGAGAGGAACUCCCACCCGACAAAGUCAAGGGAACCCCUCUAUGUAUGUUCCAGUAUUCUCGACUAUUUGGCACGGCCCGUGUUCCCACCGAAAACGGAUGUAUCAUCGGCCAGAACCCCUCUGCAAAACACAUCUUCUACUGGUUCGACGUGCUAGACGACAACAACGAUCUCAUCAUGAGCGAAAAAGACAUCACCCUGAAUCUGCAGGUCAUCCUCGACGACGCCCAACAAACCCCAAUCCAAGAAGCAGCAAAGGGGGCGCUUGGAAUCUUGAGCACCGAAAACCGAAAAGUAUGGUCUGGACUGAGAGACCUUCUGACCAAAGAAGAAGGCUCGAACAACGCUGAAUGCCUUCAUAUUGUCGACAGCGCCAUCUUCGUCCUCUGCCUCGACCACAUGGAGCCCACCAGCACCGCGGAUCUCUGCGGAAACAUGCUCUGCGGCACCAGCGAUAUAGUCCGCGGUGUGCAAAUCGGAACGUGCAUAAACCGCUGGUAUGACAAACUGCAAAUCAUUGUGUGCCAGAACGGCAGUGCAGGCAUCAACUUUGAGCAUACCGGCGUGGAUGGCCACACCGUGCUCCGCUUCGCCAGCGAUGUCUAUACUGACACCAUCCUCCGCUACGCCAAAACCAUCAACGGCUUGGCCCCCUCCCUUUGGGCCUCAACCAGCCCUGAUCCAGCGAAACGCGAUCCCCGCAGUUUCGGAAACGUCAGCACCACCCCCCGCAAACUCCAGUGGGAUAUGAUCCCCGAGCUCAAUAUCGCCCUCCGCUUCGCCGAGUCCCAUCUCGCCGACCUCCUCCAUCAGCACGAAUUCCAAGUCCUCGACUUUUCCGGCUAUGGCAAAAACUUCAUCACCUCCAUGGGCUUUUCCCCAGACGCGUUCGUCCAAAUGGCCUUUCAAGCUGCCUACUAUGGCCUCUACGGCCGCAUGGAAAACACCUAUGAGCCCGCAAUGACCAAAAUGUACCACCACGGACGUACCGAAGCCAUUCGCCCUGUCACCAAGGAAUCAAUUGACUUUGUAAAGACCUUUUGGGGCGAUAACCCGCCUAACCAAAAAGUCGACGCGCUCAAACGCGCUGCCGACAAGCAUGUCGCUACUACAAGAGAAUGCUCCAAAGCCCAGGGCCAAGACCGGCACCUGUAUGCCCUCUACUGCUCUAGCCCGCCUUCGGACCAUCCCCCGACCCCCGCACUCUUCAACGAUGCUGGCUGGGACAAAAUCAACAACACGAUACUGUCCACCUCGAACUGCGGCAACCCUUCCCUCCGCCACUUUGGCUUCGGCCCUACAUCCGGCGACGGCUUCGGAAUCGGGUACAUUAUCAAAGACGACUCAAUCUCGAUCUGCGCGAGCUCUAAACACCGGCAAACCUCACGGCUAAUGGACACGCUGGAAUCGUACUUACUCGAAAUCCGCAAAUUGCUGAGGACGAAUAGCCGCAAAACUACGAGUCCGCGGACCAGUCGGGCACGGGAGAUGGAGAUGCUGUCGGAGAGAUUGGAGAAUAGGCGCGGAAGGUUGAUUAGGCAGGAUACUAGCCACCUUGGACGAGGAGGCACGGAGACGCCGACGACGGACAGUGGGGAGGUGGAGGAUGAUGGAAUGGGUGGAUAUGGGUUUUUCGAUGCGGGAAUGCUGCUUCAUGCCCUCAAAGGUGUGCAGGCUGAUCGAGACCGAGUUGAGAAACCAGUGCGGCGACGACCGGUUGGGAAGAAGCUGCAGCUUGCGGAAUACUGAGCAUCAAACACGUCCUCUUUUAAGGAACUUUUCGGCAUGGGUUAUGGUUAUGUUUUCGGUAAAUUGAGGAUUCAAGGGGACCAAGGAAAAUGUUUGAGAGAGCGAUUUGGCCUGUUUCUGUCUUGAUGGUGACGUUUAUUUGAAGGUUUUGUAUGAGCUACAUACCCAUCAGGUUGUUGUCAGUCUGUAGAGAUAGCAUAAUGCAUAUUGAGCUUAGUCGUAUUAUUGAGUG